GCUUGCACGCGCCGCCGCUGCUGGAAUUGGGAACGGAGCUUUCCGGGGCGCGAGGCCUGCCCCUCACAGACGUGAAGGCCCGGGCGUAUCUCGAUUCUGACGGCGCCUUCGAGUGCUUCCCCGCCCGGCGUGUGGCGGUGCUGAUGCUGGGGGACGGCCAUGAAGGGAAUUUGAGCAUCCGCUCAAGACGAGGCCGCUGCUUUGACCAGGAGGCGGAGGCUACGGGUGUGGCGCCAUCAGGCCUUUCAGUGGGCCGCUCAGCGCUGCUCCACGGCGCGGACGAGCACCAACUCCGCGCGCAACGCGCCGGAGACGGCUUCAUGCACCACAUCCUGGUGCUCUUUUUCUACCUGGGCCAAGCUCCGGCCACGUCCGAGCAGCUUGCAACGGCGUCCUUCCAUGAGCACGAUGCCUCCAUCAAGUACGACGCCGGCUGA